ACCCUUUCCGCGGGCAGCACGCCUGAACCCCGCGGACCGGAUCGGCGGCGGCGGCGGCGGCGGCGGCGGCCAAGCCCGGGAGGCGGAGGCGGGACGCGGGAGGCGGUGGUGGCGGCGGCGGUGCGCGGAGACGUAGCAGCGGCAGCAUGUCGGCCGGCGGAGCAGUCCCGCCGCCCCCGAACCCUGCCGUGUCCUUCCCGGCGCCCCGGGUCACCCUGCCCGCUGGCCCCGACAUCCUAAGGACGUACUCCGGAGCUUUCGUCUGCCUGGAGAUUGUACUUGGGGGACUUGUCUGGAUUUUGGUCGCUUCCUCCAAUGUUCCUCUACCUCUGCUCCAAGGAUGGGUCAUGUUUGUGUCUGUGACAGCUUUCUUCUUUUCGCUUCUCUUCCUGGGCUUGUUCCUCUCUGGUAUGGUGACUCAGAUUGAUGCCAACUGGAACUUCCUGGAUUUUGUCUACCAUUUCAUAGUCUUUGUCUUCUACUUCGGAGCGUUUUUACUCGAAGCAGCGGCCACCUCCCUGCAUGACCUGCAGUGCAACACAACCAUGACUGUGAAGCCGCUACUCAAUGAUAACCAGUACAACAUCAACGUGGCCGCCACAGUUUUUGCCUUUAUGACAACAGCUUGUUAUGGUUGCAGUUUGGGUCUGGCUUUGCGAAGAUGGCGACCGUAACACUCCUUGGAAACCGACAGUUGUGUGCUGGUUUCAUUUGUCUGCUUUAUAUGUCUGAUCACUUGGGUACCAUUUGUCCCAAUAUAACAUUCCAAACAUCAUUGCUUAGUCCACAGAGAACCUCAGUGAAAGCUGUGGUUUGUUACAUGGGUGGGAUUUUCAUUUUAUUCUGAUGUUAGAGAAGUAUCCUUUCCUUUUUCAUCUCUCUUUUCUUUUUAAAUGCAUUUCCACUGUAUAUUCUUAAAAUACACAGACACUGUUCACAAAACAAUAAUAUUCCUUUUUUUUUAGUCACCCGAACCUUAAUAAUAGUAAAUAACUAAAACAAUACAUCUCAUGCAGGCUUCUCUUCUAAUUCUAUCUUUAGUAUAAAACAGGAAAUGAUACACAUUUUUUUACAUAAAGGCCAGGUAGCACAUAUGUAGGCUUUAAUAGGCUAUAUAUCUUCUGUGGCAAUUGUUCCAUCCUAUGAUAACAUAAAAGCAGCUACAGAUGAUGUGUAAAUAAAUGUCUGUAUCCUAAUAAAGCUUUAUUACAAAAAGGGAGCAAGACUGGAUGUGGUCUACAGACCAUAAUUUUAUCAACUACUGCCAUAAAAACCUUAGGUGUUCUGCAUUCUAUUGAACUAAUCAUGAAAGUUUAUCAACCUCAUUAGACAAGCCACAUAACAUAUUUUGUUUCAUUAUGCAACAAUCACAUUGCCUUUGUUUAAUAGUCAAAUAUCACCCUUGGAAGGUCAUAUAAUUUCUCAAGCUAACCCCAGCAGAGCCUUGGGUGAAGAGCAAAAUAAGGUAGGAAAUAAACUCCAAACUAAUGAUUUCCUAAUAGCUCAGCCAGGCACUCACACGAGAGUACUUAACACAUGAUCCCCAGAGGCAAUUAAUCACUACUGGAUCUAGUAUCUUGCUGCUGAUGUCUUACUUUGGUUUAUUUAUGCCAUAGACUGUGGUUGUUUGGCCUAUGCAUGAAUAUAUAAAUAUUUAUGUAUGUAAAGCUUUUCCAAAUAGCUCUCUGAAGAGUUGAAUUUUUAACUUCUUAUUGUUUUUGCAUUGCUUUCUGAGCUGAAUUUGAGUAGCAGAAUAACUAUAACAUAAAGCUAUAGAUUCUUACGUGCUUUGAUAAUAGCCCAGAUAUCUAUGUUGUUUUUACACUGGUGUCAGACAGGCAAAGGACGUUUAACACAAGAGCUAAAACAAAAACUGGAUCUGGCUGAAUAGAACAGAAAACAAUCCUAAUCCACCUGUAUGUGUCCCAGGCUUGGCAACAGAUCACGAGUGGCCACAGUUCCCACUGCAUUCUCAUACAGGCCAAUUCCCUAUUGUUUUAGUAGGGCUGCCUCUGGAAAUGGAGGCUGGGGAAUUGCUCUCAAGCUGACCCAUCACAUAAGAGUGCCAUGUAUUGGUUGGAGUAUUGGACUCCCUGGAACAUAGUGAAAAACAUGAAUGAAUAAUAUCAAUGCUCAGUGUUCAAGUGGUGUUUAUCUAAUACUCCCCCAGAAGAAGAACCAACGGGGAGCUCAGUGUGUAAUACAGCCGAAGAAGAGAAUAUUUCUAUAUGUAGGUUGAAGAAAUCAGUCUUAUGGCUUUCCACUCAUGUCUUAUCUCUUCUAAAAUGCCCAACUUCCCUCAUAUUUUUCCAGUUCCAGACCACAUGUUGAAAAACCUGUGUUAUGAAUUAUAUACUAUGAAGUCACAAAUGUGCCAUAAAAACACAUUGUACUUGGAAUCACUAAAAUGUAGUACUCUAGAAUUUAGUUGAGAUUUUGUUUUCCCCCAGGUGUACCAAGCCACACUUAGUGUGGUAUUAAGUCAAAUGAAUUCAUUCAGAUGAAUUGGUGGUACUUUUGUAAACGGAUGGCUUCUAGGUUAGCAAGAAGCAAACUCACAGCUGACUAACUGUGAAUACUUAGGUCUGUAGAUUCAUUGCAUUCUAGAUUUGCGAGCUGAGCGACGAAGCACUUGAACAAAGAUGACAGCGUUUAAGAAUCUCUCUAUGUAUCUUAGCUGUAAAAACGAAAAAAGUGUUGGCUGGUCUUAAAAUCUGAUAAAUUUAUUUUAUAAGUGUUAUGACUCUAAUAAAGUAUUCAUUUGAUAACCUUU